AUGGUAUCGCUACUUCGCACAAUUUUGGACAUGCCAUUACCGAUGCGGCAGAUCAGCGACAAAGAGAUGGGAGUGGCCGACCUGGACCAACUCUUUGAGGAGUAUGUUGAAACAGAAUUUCUACAGCAGCUCCAUACCACGGCCGACCAGUCCAGCUCUGAUGAUCUUGCGGAUCUCUUUGAACUUCCUCUGUCGAAUGAGAGCGACCUAUUUGGCACCUCGUCUUCGCCUAUGCUCAAUCGGGACACAGCGGAUGCUUGGCAUAAGGCUCUCCAGAAGUGCGAACAAAACCCAACGUCAUCCGUGCCUGAUAGUUCCACCUCUUUUUACAUUCAUUCGAAAGGUAAAGAAUCUCUCAGCGACUCAGAAUUGUUGAGUUUUGAGGAUAUUUUCGAGUUGGACCGGGACUUGAACCAGUUGCGUUCCAUUUCCCAGCCUUCCACACCCCGACCCCACACCCCUCGAACAGUCAAAAAGGCCGUGUCAUUCAACGACCGCACGGCUCCCCGUGGUAUUCAAAAGUUACCCAAAAAGUCUGCAUCCACAUCAUUCACCAAGAUGAUGCAGCCUUCGUACUACCGGACGCCAAUCCCGGAAGUCUGGUCUCGCAAGAUGGACACCACGAACUCAAUUCACCUGCAAGCACCACCAAAUGACCUAACAUCGCCUCCUCCAUCUGCAAGAAUUGUCCAGCAUGAGAACAGUAACGGCUUCUUCGCUCAGGAUCACCAGCCUUAUGGAACCGACCGCUCGCCCCUCGACAACACUGACCCACACACACCAAACAUGGAUUUUGUCAACUACCAGUUAACACCGCAAGCUUCUCCUGCCAUUGGUAUAUCUGCACACAGCAAUAGUUCUUUCCACGACAGCAUGGGGUUGACCUAUAGCUCCUCAGUGUCAAGCGCGGCUCUCUCCGCCAUGCACACUCCUCCUCCUUCUGCCCGCUUACCCAUGACAACAUGGGGUCCUGAUACAUCGCCCACUCUCGAAUUCGGAUUCUCGACAUCGCCUGAUUUUUGCAACACUAAGACGGCCAAUUGGUUUGACGACUCGACUCAUCACUCUGGAUCCAACUUCCGCGAGUCAGGCACGCGAUCAUCAAGCCAGAAUAUGGGCCUCGCUGCACCAAUGAGCGACCUAGGAAUUUCAUGCGAUACUGCAGCCUUUGGAGAUUUCGGUGCUGUAGGCCUCGGCGUCAGUGUGGGCGAGACUACCAUGCCCGGUGCUCCAGCCUCGUCUUUCGACAUGGCCGGUUACACAACCAUGUACACGCCACCGCAGCAAAACAUUGUCAACAUUGGUCAUCGACCAUUGUCACGAACACCGUCACCCACUCCGCAACCCCGCUUCCAUCGUCGCAGACCAUCUGGGCAGUCGCAUUCACAUCAUCAUCGCGCAAGCCAUUCGAGCACAGCGUCAAGCCGUCGCAAAUCGAGCAAUGGGUCGCAAUCAUCUUCACGACAACCAUCAACAGGUGGAUCGGGCUUCGUCAACUUCACCCCGGACGACAGCCGCAAAAUCCUCACUGGUGUCGCACCAAGCGGGAGCAGCAAGACCAAAGCGCGCCGCGAGAAAGAAGCCGCCGACAAAAGGCGCAAGCUCAGCCAGGCCGCCAUGAAAGCCGUCAUGGAGGCUGGUGGGGACAUUGACAGUCUUAGAAGACUGGAACGAGAGGGAUUGCUGAUGCUGGAAAGCUAG